AUGAGAAAAGUAAACAUCGAUAAGGGGAAUAUGAAGAUCACAGCACAAGACGAUUGCAGAGCUGCGGAUCUGGAAACACCACUUCAAGUGGAAGGAUUAUCAGUGGUCAUGGGCCUAGCCAGUGAUAGAGGUAUUGCAGGUCUAACUCUAGGUGGCGGUUCAGGCCCUUUAACCGGCCGAUAUGGGCUCGAAAUCGAUAAUCUACUCUCGGCCCAUGUCGUAAUUGCCAAUGGAGGGGGACCAAACUUUGGUAUUGUGGUUGAAUUUACGUAUCGAAUGCAUAAGCAGGUUGACGUAUGCCAUGGUCCUUUAGUAUACAAGCCAGAGAAGACGAAAGCCCUUCUCGAAUUAGUCGACACUAUGCAAGAAAUAACAGAGCAAACUGACGGGAAGUUACGCCUUCUUUUGGCGAUAACGAAAAUCCCAAGUGUGCCAAUGUCGGGCAUUCACCCAAUCUGUAUCAUAUCCUAUGAUGGACCAGAGGAAGAAGCACGAAAACUUACUGCUCCGUUGUGGGAUUUGCAACCUGUAAUGUCGGCGGUAUCAAUGAAGCCAUUUGCCAGCACAACCAAGCCAUCAGGACUCGUAGACGAACCGCCAAACCAUCAGAACUUCUCAAAUACGAGCGUGUUCAUGCCCCAUCCAUUCGAUGUCGAAAUUAUGGAGAAGUUGAUACAAGACUUCGAUGAUUUCCACAACAAGCAUGGAGAUGCACUUGCACCUUCACGAAUCAUAAUCGAGAUGCGUUCUUACAAGGUUUCUGGUGCAAUCUCUGCAUCGGCGACCGCGUUGGCGGCCAGAGAAAAGACUGUUUCUAUUACUAUGGGGGCACAGUAUGAUAGCUCUCAGGUUUCGCAUACGGUUAUGAGAGACGAUAUUAAAAGGAUGAUUGAGCCAGUCAAGGAAGCAGUCAAAAAGCAAGGGUCUGGAAAGUUCACGAAUGCUAAUUUGGGAAGUGGAACGGAAAGGACUCAAAAUAUGUUUGGACAGAACUAUGCGAGAUUGAGAGAGAUUAAGAGAAAGUAUGAUCCCGAGUUUAUUUUCAAUAAGUAG